AUGCCAUGUUCCAUCACCACGUCGACCGCGAUAAAGAUUGUGACACUCAGCAGUCAAGGCGUCAAGGGAUGCAUCAACGUCUUCGCCCCAGAUGGAGAGCUGCUAGGGCUCAUCAACGCUAAGGAGGUCACAGCAUUCCGGACGUCAUUAGCAGUCAUGAUCCCUUUCCUCCGCUUCCCGCAGGAGAAGGCCAACAUCGUGGUCUUUGGCGCCGGAAAGCAGGCUGAGUGGCACAUCAGGCUCGCUUUGCUACUUUGCAAGGAUGUGAAGCGCAUUACGAUAGUCAACCGGACAAACCCCGCGAAGAUGGAGCAGUUGUUUGAAACCCUUCGACAAAAGUAUCCCGAUGUUUCCUUCGAUGUGCUGGUGACGUCGGUACCCGAAUAUGAUUCUCGGCUUCAGGAGUUGCUUAGUGUCUCGGAUUGCAUCUUCGGCUGCACACCUGCGACGACGCCCCAUUUCCCGAACUCCUACCUGAGUGUUUCCAAGCCUAGGUUCAUCUCGCUGAUCGGGUCUUACAAACCAUCGAUGCAGGAGGUUGACGGGGAGACGCUACUGUCAGGUGGCAAGAUAUUUGUGGACUCAAAGGAGGAUUGUCUUAUUGAAGCUGGCGAGCUGAUCAACGCCGGUGUCAGAGAAGAUCAACUGGUCGAGAUUGGCGAUAUUGAAAACUAUGAGCGGGUAGCCCGGACACAGACAAAUCAUGUGUUCAAGUGUGUUGGACUGGCUAUCAUGGAUAUUCUAGCAGCACGAGAGUUGUUGUCACUGGCAAAGAGCAAAGGCCUAGGGCUAGACAUUGGCGAUCUUUAG